GCGACGAGAAGGAGGAGGCAGCAAUUCUGCGACUUGUACUGAAGAAGCUGGGCAUCAAUGAUGAGUUGAGUGAGCACCACUGCGAGUGGGAAGGCAUUGACUGUGACGAGGAGCAGCAGUGUGUGGAGGCUCUCGACCUGAAAGGCCGCAACUUGACUGGGGUGUUGCCCGCAGAGCUAGGAAGCCUGACUAGCCUGACGACACUGUGGCUCAGAAACAACCCCAAGUUAACGGGGACUUUACAGGCUCUGAAACCUCUGACAUUGCUAUAUCGACUGGACAUGGAGAACACGCAAGUCACUGGUCGGUUGGAGGAUCUGCAGAGUCUGACGCACAUGAAGUUUUUGAAUCUGAGGGAGUUAAAGGUCUCCGGACAAUUGGAGGCCCUGAAGAACCUCAACGAGAUUGAAUGGCUUGAUGUCUCCUCUACGGAUGUUACUGGUGGGUUGGAGGCUCUCAAGGACUUGAAGGAGGCAAGUCGGCUGAUUCUACGUGGAACACGGAUCAGCGGACAGAUAGGGUUCCUGCCGAACAGCGUGUCCAUCGUUGACUUGUCCACGACGCACAUCACCGGAAGUCUCGAGGACCUUUGGGACAAGGCAAACCUCCGAGAAGUUUUCCUUCGUGGCACCAAAGUUACUGGCCGCCUGACGGCGGAGUGGUGCGGAAAACUACCUGAGCUGGAAAUCCUAGACCUCGCG